AUGAUGAAAGAAAUUUACCAGAAAAUACGGAGGAAAUCGAGCCCGAGCCCGAAAAAAUUUGAAGAUUGGACCAAGCCAAUCAAGGCUGCUUUAACGGAUAAUCCGACUUAUUGGCCCGAUCCCAAAGAGUAUGAUGAAAUUGUCAAGGAAUGCACAGAUGCAGGAUCGUAUCAUGUGAAUAAGGAAAAUGUACCACAUCGAGCUGAAGACGCAGAAGUACCGAUUUCAGAAUGGAACCAAGCCUUGCAACAUCAAGUUGAAAGCAUUGAAACGGAUAGCACAAUUGCAGCAUCGAGCUGGCGCCGUCAGAUUUCAACAAAAGCAAGCCGAGAAGAUGCUCGAAUCUUU